GGGAGUAAUAAUAAAUAGAGCCGUAUAAGAAGCCACCUCUCAAAAUACAUAAAAUUAAGAAGUAUCCAUGUUCAAAGCCCCCAUUGAUGGUCUCCCAUCAUCUCCUCCAAUUUCCAGCCCCCACCUUCUUCAAUUUUUGUGCAGAAACAAACAAGAUUAAAUUGCCUUCAGCUAUUUAGGAUUUACCCUCUUCCCAUAUUUUCUCUCUCCAAUCUUUAAAUGCCAGCUUGUCUCUCAUAGUUCACGAUUAAAUACCUCAUCUUUUUUCUUCGUGUUGCCUGGAAAAUUUUGUUCCAAAUCGUUUCCUUUUGUCAAUCUUCGAAUCACCCUUAAUUUUUGCGAAUUUCCCAUUUUAUAAUUGGUUGAUUGCUUCAACAUUACUCCAACUUUCUAGGGGUGCUCUGUAUUCUGCUGAUUGAUCGAAAGGUUGAGUAUGGAUCCACAUGAUGAUGUGAACCACAAUGUUGUGAACCACAAUGUUGUGAAUCACAAUGUUGUGAACCACAAUGAUGAUGAUGAAGAGAAUGAUAUUGAAAACCCUGGAGACCUGGAUUUCAAGGAGGAGGAGAGAUGGGGAUCCAUGUCGGAGAGGAAUAUGUCUUCAAUGAAGAUGCCACUUCUGAGAAAACGGACAAAUACUACCUCACAGAUCGCUGUUGUUGGUGCCAAUUCCUGCCCCAUUGAGAGCCUUGACUAUGAGAUGAUAGAAAAUGAUUUGUUUAAGCAAGAUUGGAGGUCAAGAAAAAGGGUUCAAAUAUUUCAGUAUGUCUUCCUAAAGUGGGGAUUGGCUCUCCUAAUUGGUCUUGCUACUGGACUUGUUGGCUUCUUCAACAACAUUGCAGUUGAAAAUAUAUCUGGUUUCAAGUUAUUGCUGACUAACAAACUGAUGCUUGAGGGAAGUUUUUUCAAGGCUUUUCUUGCAUUUGCUGGUUGCAACAUAACGUUUGCUGCUGCUGCCGGAGUACUUUGUGCAUAUAUUGCUCCUGCUGCUGCUGGAUCUGGUAUUCCUGAGGUCAAAGCUUAUCUUAAUGGUGUUGACGCUCCCUCGAUAUUGGCUCCUAGCACCCUCUUUGUAAAGAUUUUUGGUUCUGUCUUUGGUGUUUCCGCCGGGUUUGUUGUUGGUAAGGAAGGACCUAUGGUUCAUACUGGUGCUUGCAUCGCCAAUCUACUUGGUCAGGGUGGCUCUCGCAAGUAUGGGUUGACCUGGAAUUGGCUCAGAUAUUUCAAGAAUGACAGAGAUCGUCGAGAUUUGAUCACUUGUGGUGCUGCAGCUGGAGUGGCUGCUGCUUUUCGUGCUCCUGUUGGUGGUGUUCUUUUCGCCCUUGAAGAAGCAGCUUCCUGGUGGAGGAGUGCUCUUCUUUGGAGAACAUUUUUCACCACAGCUGUAGUAGCCAUAGUGUUGAGAGGCUUCAUUCAAUAUUGUUGGACUGGGAAAUGUGGUCUGUUCGGUCAGGGUGGGUUGAUCAUGUAUGAUGUCAGUAAAGAGGUAUCAAGUUAUGGUGGUUAUGAUAUCUUGGCAGUGAUAUUUCUUGGAGUUGUUGGAGGUGUUCUGGGAGCUUUCUAUAACUAUCUUAUCGACAAGGUCCUCCGCACUUACAGCAUCAUUAAUGAAAAAGGUCCGUCAUUCAGAGUUCUACUUGUUAUAGUUAUAUCUGUCCUGACAACAUGCUGUGCCUUCGGCCUUCCAUGGUUAGCAAAGUGCACUCCAUGUCCUAUAGAUGCAGGCAGCAAGUGCCCAACUGUUGGUGAAAUCGGGCACUACAAGAGAUUUCAGUGUCCACCUGGCUACUACAACGAUCUUGCUUCCCUCUUUCUCACCACAAACGAUGAUGCUAUUCGCAAUCUUUUCAGCAACGCUAUCAUAAGAGAAUUUCAGAUGUCUUCACUCUUCAUUUUUUUCGUCGCAAUCUAUUUUCUCGGGAUUAUCACCUAUGGGAUUGCGGUACCUGCAGGACUUUUCAUCCCUGUAAUUUUAGGCGGAAGUGUUUAUGGACGUAUUGUGGGAAGAGUCUUCCAUUCUUUGUCAGUGCUUGAUACUGGUCUAUUCUCUCUUCUAGGGGCCGCCUCAUUCCUUGGUGGAACAAUGAGAAUGACGGUCUCUUUGUGCGUGAUAUUGCUCGAGCUUACCAAUAAUUUAUUAUUGCUCCCUCUUGUGAUGAUAGUUCUCCUUAUAUCAAAAACAGUGGCAGAUUGCUUCAACCACGGUGUGUAUGACCAAAUAUUGAAGCUAAAAGGGUUGCCAUAUUUGGAAGCCCACGCAGAAGCUUACAUGAAGCACUUGGUAGCCGGGGAUGCUGUUUCUGGUCCGUUAGUCACGUUUUCAGGAGUUGAGAGAGUGGAGACUGUUGUACAUGCUUUGCAGAGUACCGGACAUAAUGGUUUUCCUGUUAUUAAUGAACCACCUUUCUCAGAUACACCUGAGUUAUGUGGAUUGGUUCUGAGGUCCCAUCUGCUUGUUUUGCUUAAGGCAAAGUAUUUCUCCCAUGAUAGCAGGCUUUCAGGUAGAGAUAUCAGAAAGAAGUUCUCUCCGUUUGACUUUGCGAAGCCUGGCACCGGGAAAGGGCUCAAGUUGGAGGAUAUAACUAUUACAGAGGAAGAGAUGAAUAUGUAUAUCGAUCUUCAUCCAAUAACUAAUGCAUCUCCAUACACUGUGCUCGAGACAAUGUCGUUAGCUAAAGCUAAAAUUCUCUUCAGGCAAAUCGGACUCAGACAUAUGUGCGUGGUACCCAAGAGUCAAGGGAGAUCUCCAAUUGUUGGAAUUUUGACACGGCAUGACUUCAUGCCUGAGCAUAUACUCGGACUUUACCCCCAUAUGAGGCAGCAUAAGUAAAUUUAUCUAUGGAGAGCUCAAUGUUCGGUGAAUAUUUUGGUUUCUCAUUUAUACAGAAUUCUUUUUUCCCCAAUUUUCCUCUAUUUUCCAAAGCAAGUGAAGUCGCCACUAUGAAGUUGGUUUGGAAUUUGGAGGUAUUUCCAGUGUCCACCUGGAACUCGGAAGAAGGUUGAUUGGCAUCAUAUACUCCGUGUCAUGUGAAUAUUCAUUCAUACUCCGUACAUUUAUAUUACUGCAAGUUAGAAGGUCUGGUCUGCUUACAGAAAUUUCAUCAGGAAAUACUGAAAUAGGCCCUUAGUAGACAGGGGAAAUGUUCUACAUAUUAGUAUAUUGUUGGAAUGUUAAUAGAUAAAGUUUUUCUGAUUUUUAUAUUUCAAUUUUGUGAGAUAGGGAUAAUGAGAGGUUAUCCAUAUUCAUGGAAUUUGGACCCGGAAAUUUUCCUGGUAGUCUUUGUUUUUGUUACAGUGUAAAUGGCAAGGCAAACAAUUGUGCUGAAUAAUUACUGGUAUCUUAAUAUCAGCUUUCUGUUAUACUGAUAGUUCGUCAUUUUGAGUUA